CAGUUACUCGAGGAGUGGUCUUGGAAUUGAUUUUUCCUAAUAAGUUCAUUAACGCCUUUUUCACAAAAAGAACACGGCGUACUGACCAAGUCUGCAAAGAUGACACAAAAUGGGGGGGCCGUCAAACGUGGCAAGGAACGAGGUCACCGCGGAGGGAGAACGGCACAGUUCCAAGAACACAAUGAACGUGGAACAUGAAAUUAACCUCUUAGUUGAGGAGAUUCAGCGGCUGGGAACCAGAAAUGCUGAUGGACAAGUGAGUGUGAAAUUCGGUGUGCUCUUUGCUGAUGAAAAGUGUGCCAACCUCUUUGAAGCUCUAGUGGGAACUCUUAAGGCUGCAAAACGACGAAAGAUUGUCUCUUAUCAAGGGGAGCUACUUUUACAAGGUGUUCAUGACAACGUUGAUAUUAUGCUACUGCAGGACUGAAGCAGUGUGCAUUUCAACUGUGCAUUAAUUGAAUUGUUUCAGGCAGUGACUUGCAAUAUCCUCUGAAUAAGGCUAAUGAUUCUAAUAUGUUUUGAUGUAUUUUCUAUCUCUUUAUAGUCAAAAGGAAGCCAUCCUAUUUUGGAAACAUUCCCUUUUGUAAUUCUUCUUCAAACAGUACUGUACACAAUUAAAGUGAAAGAUGCCAGUAUUUUUUUUUUGUUGUUGUUUUUAAAUCUCAGGUAAUACUCAUAAAGGUAUUCAAUGGUUAUUUUCAACACAUGAAGAAGGGGAUUGGGGAUAUAAUGUUUACAAAUUAAAAUGUGCCAUGAAGGUAUAAAAUAAAAGCACAUAC